GUCUAAGUUUAGUCUAAGCUUGAAAUAAAAUGGCUGCGCCCACACCGCUCAUUCGAAGUAUUUUUUGGGAGUAAAUUGGAACCCUGUAGAUAAAUGGACCUUCUAGCUCCUUGCAACGCUUGCUACCCGCUUCACCGGCGAGCUACAUUUCACGCGCCUCUAAACUUCCCUCCAAACUCCACUAAAUGCAGCCGCAAAACGACUUUUGAGCUGCAAGCACCGGGCGCCGUCGCUGCUCAAAACGGUACCAGCAAUUCAAUUCCGAACAUUCCAACCCACAAAGUCACCGUUCACGAUCGCCAAAGCGGCGCUGUUCAUGAGUUUUUCGUCUCCGAGGAUCAGUACAUAUUGCAUACGGCCGAGGCUCAGAAUAUAAGGCUACCCUUUGCUUGCAGGCAUGGAUGUUGUACAAGCUGUGCUGUUCGUGUAAAAUCAGGGAAAAUAAGACAGCCAGAAGCUUUGGGGAUUUCAAAUGAACUGAAAAAAAAGUUGUUAGGUACCUCAACAAAGCACCAUAAAUUUAGUGUUCAAUUGAUAAAAUCUGAGGAACCGAUCCUCCCAGUACAAUGGCGCAUAACAGUAAACCCACAUACAGUAGCGGAAAGCAGAAAAUAGAAGAGCAGAAAGGUUUGAGACAGUUCGAGUCGUCUUGCACUCCCAAGGCCUAAUUCCAGAUCCAAUUUCUGCCUACCCCCCCUUUUCCCCUUUCUGCUCUUAAUACACUCAUCUCCUAAAUGGGCCAGCCCAUAUUUUAUGACAUGGCCCAUAUUAUUCUCUACAGCCCAGGGCCCUAUCAUAUCUUCCCCUUUGAACACCCACCUUGUCCUCAAGGUGGGUGAUAACAGACAGCACUGACCAUCAUCUUCAUCUUUAGUUUUGCGCCUCUCCUUUCCCAGUACAUCUCCAUCUUCUGAACCUUUAGCUUCGAUACUUGAAUAUUCAUCGUCGCUUCCUUCACCUCUGGACUCCCACAUAGGGCAUCAAAAUCUCCAGCUAUGUCGUUCUGCUCAGCCCAUUUUUCCACUGCUGGUUGGUUUGGUUUAGUAACUGCUACUAGAAUUUUCGCCAAGCUACUCCCAAGAUCUGCAUCCAUAACAACAAGGACGCUGUCCAGUAAAAGAAUGUCAUCUUCUGCCGCAUUUUGGGUACAUACAACAACAUCCCUCCAAUCAACUCCCACUGAAAGACUCCACCAACACCUCUCUGCAACUUCACGUUCCCAAGUCGUAGAGUUAACUUUCACUCUCUUUCUUGGAAGAGAGAGUGGGAAACCGCGGACUAGCUUCAAGAGGGAACAAUCUUUGCUAGUGUCAUGCCAAACAGAGAUAAGACAACAGCUUGGUGUAGAUAAUGCAGAAGCAACAUUUUCAGUCCCAACAUUAAUAUGGUAGUAACCCAUAGGGGUGAAACUUGAACUUGAAAAAACAUGAACCCAACCACACAAAAAGGCAACUGCAAUUUCACCUCCAUGAACAGAAUAAAUAAUCCGGUUAAGGGUUCCAACAUCCCUUGGAAGAUCAAAAGGAUCAAAUGUGAACCUCUUUGUCAUCUCAAUAGCAAGGUCCGAAACAAUUUGCAUAUCAGUUGUAGGGAUAUGCGCUCUUAUGCGUGGGUUUUCCGUCAACCGACCUUGAAGUUGAAACACAGGAUGAAGAUGAGGUAUAUUUGCUCCAAUUCGGAAGAUAUUUUGCCCGAGGACCUAUUGUAAGGGAUGAUUACGCUUUGGAGUUAGCAAUGGGAGAUGAUUAAACUCCGGGUACUUGAUUUCAGGAGAUGAUACGGAGUCCAAGAAAUGCAUGUACUUUCAUUUUUGUAGGUAUACAUUUUAACCCGCAUCUACACAUUCUCUUUUGAUGGUUUGUUGAUCUAUGUGGUAUUGUGGUGCGACUGGCUGGCAAAGAACCAUGAGGAUGUAAACCAGCAUAUGUGAUGAAUCAUAAUUGACCGGUUCAACCAAGCAGAUAAAUAGGCAGAAGUUGAAAUUUGUCCUCUUGAUUUAUUGAAUGGCGCAAAGGAAGCUUGGAUGAAGGGGCUUGCCAGCUCUUCAAGCUAGUCCAUAUAGUGGGAUUGGAGUUUAUAGGGAAAAUCGCAUAUAUGGUCCCUCCGUCAUCCACGAAAUUAAAAUCUUAGACCUGUAUUUUUUGAGAUUGUAAACGUCACCCUCAAUUGUCCAAAUUGUUGUAAAUGUGGUACUUUAAGUGGUGAAAUAUACUCUCGCUCACAUUGUAUAUUUCACCCCUCAAAAGGACCACAUUUAUAGCAUUUUGGACAAUUGAGGGGUGACAUUUAAUAUCUCAGAAAUACAGGUCUGAGAUUUUAAUUUCGUGGAUAACUGAGGGACCAUAUAUGCGAUUUUCCCGAGUUUAUAUUUUUCACCUGUGCACCUUGAAUGGUUUUAUCCUUUUUUUAGAAGCCGUGCAUGUAUUUCCAAUCGAAAAAUUCUAAAGGUACACACUUUUUUGUGUACACACUUUUUACACGUCUGUGUAAGGUUUUUUUUAUGUCUGUACAGACAUAACAUAUUUUAAAAAUACGUUAUGUUUUUACAGACUUAUUUUUUUUUUACACACAUGUGUAAAAAGUGUGUACACAAAAAGUGUGUACCCCAAAUCCAACUCUUUCCAAUCAAGUAACCUGGUCAAGUAGUCCUUGUGAUACAAAUUCCUUUAUUUGUAUUUACUAGUAUAUUUUAAUCAAUUAAAAUAAAAUAUACACUCGGUAGCAUAAUUAAUAUGGCAGU